AUGGCUCGGAGGGAUGUGAGAAACGCGCCGGAAGAAGCCGAAAAUGAAGACCAAGUCGAGACGCAGCAAGAGUUACGUUUCGUGUCACCUUUACACGCGAAAACAACUCCGGCUGAAACCUGUUGCAAAUUUCCGCAAAAGCUCGAAGUUACGUUACGACUACUAUUAACGUAUAUACAACAAAUUGGUGAUUUCCUCAAGAUGUAUUGGCGAAUUCUUUUUGCCAUUUUGUGGCCCAUGUUUCUGCUACCUGCCCUCAUGAUAUACAAUUAUCCGGAAACCAGGUGCGCCUACAUCGUACUGCUGAUGGGCGGUUACUGGGUGACCGAGUGCUUGCCGAUCGGGAUCGCGUCGUUGAUACCCGUGGUGCUGUUCCCAUCGUUCGGCAUCCUUAGCAGCCAGGAGACGUGCGUCUGCUACAUAAACGACACCAUCAUGGUCUUCGUGGGCGGCCUCAUUCUCGCGAUCGCCACCGAACACUGCAAUCUUCAUUUGCGGAUCGCCCUCGUCGUGAUGAAGACGCUCGGUUGUAGCCACGCGAAAUUGGUCGGCGGUCUCUGCACCGUGACCACUUUUAUAUCCAUGUGGAUCGCUAACGCGGCCGCGACCGCCAUGAUGGUGCCCAUCGCCCUCUCCAUUCUCCGUGAGCUGGAAAAGCAAGGACUUGGAAAAGUAUUCGAUAUAAGGGAGGACCCGGAGCAUCCGGACGCCGAGCCGGAUAUAAAACCGACGAAGGUGACGAAGGCUUACCUGUUCGCGGCGGCGUACGCGUCGACCUUCGGAGGCACCGGGACAAUCGUCGGAACCCCAACGAAUCUCGCCUUCAAAGGUAUCUACGAGGUCAACUUUCCCGAAGCCGAGCCGAUCGCUUUCGGCGCCUGGAUAGUUGCUUCGUUCCCGCAAAUGGCCGUGAACUCAUUUCUCUUGUGGAUGUAUCUGCGAGUUGCUUUCCUGGGGUACCUGAGGCCGCGCAGCAAAGACGCGGAGAUGGCGAGGAUCGGCGAAGAAGGCGAGGCCAUCGCGAAUCAAGUUCGGAACGUAAUCAGUCAGCGUCUCAAAGAUCUGGGCCCUAUAACGUUUCAUGAGGUCUCCGUCGCGUUGCUUUUCGUCGGAUGCGUGUUUCUGUGGGUGUUUAGAGCUCCCGGAUUUGUUGUCGGAUGGUCCGAGGUGUUAACGGAUAUGAACUUGGGGGACUCGGUGCCCGCGAUUUUCGCGUGCGUAUUAAUGUUCCUUAUCCCGAAGGACCCGGCCUUCGUGCACUUCUGCAGCAAGGAUCCGUCCAAGAGACCGACCGAGCCAUCCGAGGGUCUAAUAACCUGGGAUGUCAUCCGGACGAAAAUGCCGUGGCGGCUGGUGUUUCUGUUGGGCAGCGGGUUCGCCAUUUCGAAAGCCAGCACCGUCUCGGGCCUCGCUAUAAGAAUAGGACAAUCUCUGGUGCCCUUGAAAGAGCUACCUCCGAUAUUGAUGUUGGCCGUCGUCAUGGUAUUCGUCAACACGGUAACAGAGUUCACGUCGAACGUCGGCACAGCGAACAUACUUCUGCCCAUCGUCGCUCACAUGUGCUCGGCGAUGGAGAUCCACCCACUGUACCUGAUGAUGCCGGUGACUCUGAUGUGUUCGUACGCCUUUAGGCUACCGGUCGCCACGCCGCCGAACGCGAUCAUAAACGUCACGGGGCACGUGCCAACCACCGCACUCAUAGCAACCGGAUGCUUCCCAGCGAUCUACAGUGUGUUAGUGCAAGUUGUCUUCUUUCCUACCUGGGGAGUUUUCAUCUACGGUAUCAGGGAUUUUCCGGACUGGGCUCGAAAGUCGGUUGUGACCACCACCAAGCUGAAAUUGACGUGGCGAUUCCUGAAAAUCUAUGCCAAAAUUAUAUUUGCUCUCAUUUGGGCUAUCUUCCUCACACCUUUACUCUUCAUGUGCGGCUCUUCGGAAGCCCGAUGUGCUUACGUGGUAUUGCUGAUGGCAGGCUAUUGGGUGGUCGACUGCUUUCCCAUGGCAGUGACUGCCUUCAUUCCAGUAGUUCUUUUCCCGUCUCUCGGAAUACUCAGCACGAUGAACGUCUGUGCUUGUUACAUGAACGACACUAUAAUGGUGUUCAUCGGCGGUCUGAUUCUUGCCAUCGCCAUUGAGCACAGCAAUCUGCACAUGAGGAUUGCCCUCGGGGUUGUCAAGACGGUUGGUUUUAGUCACGCUAGGUUGCUCGGUGGCCUUUGUGCGGUAACGACUUUCAUGUCCAUGUGGGUGUCGAAUACUGCAGCUACCGCCAUGAUGGUGCCCAUCAUUUUUGCUGUGCUAUACGAGUUGGAACAAGCCAGACGUCCCGGGGUGAGCAAAUUGAAUAUUCAUCACAAUUGCGUGACGGACGGCUUCUUCGAUGAUAAUAUUUGUAGCGAAAUAAGACCGACGAAAGUGACGAGGGCAUACAUGAUGUGCGCGGCUUACUGUGCCACAUUUGGUGGCACGGGAACGAUAGUGGGAACCGGCACGAAUCUGACUUUCAAAGGGAUUUACGAGAGCACAUUCCCUACCGCCGAGCCAAUUAGCUUCACACAGUGGAUGAUGGCGAAUAUUCCCCAGAUGAUCGUCAAUUCCUUCUUGACAUGGAUAUACCUGCGAAUUGCUUUUUUUGGAUACCUGAGACCGCGCAGUAAGGACGCCCAAUUAGCGACAAUUGGAGCAGAGGGCGAAGUGAUCGCGCGUCAAGUUAUAGAGGCGAAAUACGUUGGUUUGGGCCCGUUAACUUUUCACGAAUUUGGAGUGACCAUCUUAUUCGUCUCAUGUGUGUUCCUUUGGCUAUUCCGCAAGCCCGACUUUGUUAAAGGAUGGGCGGAAUAUCUUACCGACCUAGAACUGAGGGACUCGGUACCGGUAAUAUGCGUCUCCAUCUUGAUGUUCUUCAUCCCAAAGGAUCCCAGCUUCAUUAAUAGCUUCAGUCCAGAUCCCGCCAAGAGACCGAGAGCCUCUUCGGAGGGUUUGAUCACGUGGAAAGUCAUCGAGAAAAAAAUGCCGUGGGGUCUAUGCUUCCUGUUGGGCGGUGGAUUUGCGAUCUCGAGGGGAGCUGUGGCUUCCGGCAUGGCGAGAACAGUCGCCAUGUCUCUGUUACCGCUUCAGGACUUGCCACCUAUUUUUAUACUCUUCCUGGUGUGCCUUCUCUGCGGCACUAUCACGGAAUUCACUUCAAAUGUGGGCAUCGCAAAUAUUACCUUACCGGUGAUAGCUCAAUUGUGCGUGGCGAUGAAGUUACAUCCAAUGUACCUCAUGGUACCGGCCACGAUUAUGUGUUCGUUUUCAUUCCGUCUACCGGUUGGAACACCGCCGAACGCGAUCAUAGCCAUUCAGGGACACAUCCCGACCAAGUGGCUUAUGGUCGGAGGCUGCGCACCCUCGGUUUACGCUCUGAUAAUAAACGUUAUUUCGUUCCCGACAUGGGGCGUUUUCAUCCUCGGGAUCAGCGAGUUCCCCGAGUGGGCUACGGAGGGGCCGCCGAUUGCGACAUAAACUGCGUUCUUUGUAGGUCGGUGGGAACUGCAAUUUGCGCCACUUAAUAUUCCGAUGUUGAUCAAGCAAAUAAUAUAUUACGUGUGUUUCACAAACGUUGUUUCUUAAGAAUUAUCAUAAUAUUAAUCGUUAAUGUAUUGCACUUUACAAAUAAAUACACUUACAACAUAGGCAGAACAAUAUUGUGUUACAAUGAGUGGUGGUAUUGAUGGUAUACUACAGUCAUACUAAAAAACAAGAACCGAUGGCGAAAUGAAUAUAUAAGCCGAAAUCAUUUGUGCACUCUUAAAUUCUGCAAAUGUAAAGUAUCUUUCUUAUAAAAUAAAAUGUCUACCAAACUAUCUCUCUUGUUACAUGCAGGCAACAUACAAAGUCUUACGACAAACAUUAUCUGGUUUAUAGAAUUAUAUCAACGUCUGUUACAUGAUUAUUAAUAUACAGUUAAUCGCAGUCCGCAGUGUUUGCACUCCCAAUGUACGAUGAAACUGGCUCCGUAAUAAAA